CUGAAGCAAUUUUAUGUGAUUAACCUGUUGAUAUACUACAAAGCAUUUGUCUUUAGAUGGCUCAUUAUUGAUGAAAGUGAUCGGCUUUUUGAGGUUGUAGAAGGGCAGGAGAGAUGUUUCCGCAGUCAGUUGGCCGCCGUUUAUAAAGCUUGUGAUGGGAAAUUUACUAGACGUGCUUUCUUCAGUGCCACAUUUUCGUACGAAGUUGAGGAAUGGUGUAAAGAGAACCUCAAUAACGUGGCGAUGGUAUGCAUUGGAGAAAGAAAUUCUGCAAAUGCGAACGUUAAGCAGGAAUUGGUGUUUGCUGGUUCAGAGCAAGGAAAACUUCUCGCUGUUAGAACCCUCUUGCAGACUCAGUUCGAUCCACCGGCUUUGAUUUUUGUUCAGGCUAAAGAGCGUGCUAGAGAGCUGCUAUCAGCUUUGUCUUCGCUUACACCGCCGAUACCAGCUGCUUUUAUAAGUAGCGAGAAAUCGCAAAAUGAGAGGGACCACAUAGUUGAAUCAUUCCGUAACGGUCGACUGUGGGUUCUAAUUUGUACUGAAUUAAUGGGACGAGGUCUUGAUUUACGUAAUGUUAAUCUCGUUAUCAACUUUGAUCUACCAACGUCUAUUAUCAGCUAUAUACAUAGGAUCGGUCGAACUGGACGUGCAGGCCGUAAAGGUCGUGCCAUAACCUAUUUUACAGAAGCAGACACAAAAUAUCUAAGAUCAAUAGCUACAGUGAUACAUCAAGCUGGGUUCCAAGUGCCGGAGUACACGCUUAGUUUGAAACCUUUGUCUAGAAACGAAAAGAAGGAAUUAGUUCGACAUGCUCCCAAAAGGAAACACAUUGCUUUUAUCAAAAAGAAGAAGAAAGGCGACAAGAAGGAAGAUAAGGAAUCUACAGCUCCUGCUCCAAAGAAAGCCAAACGUGAUGAAAAACCCGAUAGUCUGAAAACAGAAUUGAACGGUACUACCAAGAAUAAACCGAAGACUGAUGGAAAAAUCAUUAAGGUUAAUAAAGUGGGUAUAGCUGAUGGUGCUAAUCCAGAUAAUGUCUCUAGAAAAGCGAAGUCAGUGAGAAAGAAUAGGUUAGAGAAAGGUAAGGUAAAGAAAUUGAAUAGUUGAGU